AUGAAGCGGCCGAAGUUAAAGAAAGCGAGUAAACGCAUGACCUGCCAUAAGAGGUAUAAAAUCCAAAAAAAGGUGCGAGAGCAUCAUCGGAAAUUGAGGAAGCAAGCAAAAAAACAGGGUCGCAAGAAGCCUAGGAAAGAUCCAGGUGUUCCAAACAGCGCUCCCUUUAAAGAAGCACUUCUCCGGGAAGCUGAGCUAAGAAAACAGCGACUUGAAGAACUAAGACAACAGCAGAAGCUUGACAGACAGAAGGAACUAGACAAGAGAAGAAACCUUGCAAGUGACCUUAGUGUUAAGCCAUCUAAUGAGGAACUUGUGAAGGAGAAGGAAUGUGAACAAAGCAAAACAAAGGAUAAAGCCAAGUCGGGUAAACGGAAUCCGAAGACCAUAUAUUGUCAAGAGCUGAAAAAGGUGAUUGAAGCCUCAGAUGUUAUACUAGAAGUGUUAGAUGCCAGAGAUCCUCUUGGUAGCAGAUGUCCACAGGUAGAAGAGGUUGUUGUCAACAGUGGACAGAAAAGGCUGGUACUCGUGUUAAAUAAGUCAGAUCUGGUACCAAAAGAGAAUUUGGAGAGCUGGCUAAAUUAUUUGGAGAAAGAAUUGCCAACAGUGGUGUUCAGAUCCUCAACGAAGUUGAAGGACAAAGGAAAGCUAAUCCAGAAGUAUUAAUUUGAAAUUUGGACAUUGAAGGUAAAGAAGAAAGCUGCCCCCUACAGAAGUGAAGUCUGCUUUGGUAAAGACGGCCUUAUGAAGCUGCUUCGAGGAUUUCAGGAGACAUGUGGCAAAGCUAUUUGCGUUGGUGUGAUUGGUUUCCCAAAUGUGGGUAAAAGCAGCAUCAUUAAUAGUUUAAAACAAGAACGGGCAUGCAAUGUUGGUAUAGCCAUGGGUCUUACAAGGAAUAUGCAGAUUGUCCCCUUGGACAAACAGAUCACAAUCAUAGACAGUCCUACUGUUAUCGUGUCUCCACUUAACUCUGCUACUGCACUUGCUGUAAGAAGUCCAGCAAGUAUUGAAGUAAUAAAACCAGUGGAAGCUGCCAGUGCCAUCCUGUCUCAGGCUGACAAACGACAGGUAGUAUUGAAAUUUACUGUCCCAGACUAUAAGAAUCCUCUGGACUUUUUUACCUCACUUGCUCGGAGAAGAGGACUACACCAAAAAGGUGGAAGCCCAAAUGUAGAAGGUGCUGCCAAGUUGCUGUGGUCUCAGUGGACAGGUGCUACCUUAGGCUACUAUUGCCAGCCUCCAACAUCCUGGACUUGUUCUUCUCAUUUUAAUGAAUGUACAGUAGCAAAUAUGAAGUUGGGCUUGAAUAUGGAAGAACUGGGAAAGAACAAUGCACAUAGCAUACAAGCCAUUAAGGGGCCUCGCUUAGCCAAUAGCAUCCUUUUUCAAUCUUCGGGUUUCACAAAUGGAAUCAUAGAAGAAAAAGAUUUACCUCAGGACUUGCCAAAACCAAGAGAGGGGAAGCAGGAGGAAGAGGAGGGCAUGGACAGUGAUCCAGAGAGUCUUGAUGGCGAAGACACUGAUGAAGAGAGCUCAGAUAGAGCUCCUGUAGAGGAGACAUGGGAAGCCAUGCCUGAGGAGUGUCGAGCUGGUGAUCAAGUAGCAGGAUCUUUUGCACUGGAUAAAAUGACUGAAGAGGAUGAUGCUUAUGACUUCAGUACAGACUAUGUAUGA